AUGCCCAUCUGUUUGGAUCCCUCCGGGACGACGUUCGUCUAUUCGCUCUACCUGGAGACGCUCUCGGUGACGGAGCGAGGGCGACCCCUCCACAGCCGCCAGGCCUUCUUCCGCUGGACGCUCAAGGGCCUGGAAGAUCGUUCCAGCAGCUUUCCCCUAGGCACCGAGCCCGACUGGAACGGCUUCUGCAGCUUCGUGCUGGUGUGCUUCAAGCCACCGGAGGAGCGGCAUUUGUGCAUCAGGUUGGCCUUAACAGGCACCAGUCCUGUGUCGGACCUGGGCGUUUGUUUCUUGGACCUGGCCGACCUGAGCGCCGAGGAGCGCUUCAAGGUGGAUUUCUUGGAGCUGCGGGAUGCCAAACUUCAGGCUGUGGCUGUUGCGAAACUUCAUAGCGCGUGCCAGCAGCGCUGGAGUACUGAGCAGUUGCCCUUGGUGCCCACCAAACAGGCUUUCUUCUUGGACUACACCAUGGAUGCCCAGGCGAGGCGCCUCUACGAGCAUAUUGCAGCGGCAGCUGGCAUGGGCACCGCCACCUCGCCGGCCUUCAGCGGCGCCGGGCGCAGCGCGCCGCGGGAUCCCGAGCUGGCUGAGGAGAAGCGUUCGAGUGGCACACCGUCGCGCACGAGCAAAGAGGCCUUCAGAUCGGGCGAGAUGAGGACGGAGCUGGAACCAGAUGCCCAAAGCGGCCUUCUGGGUGAUCUCUGGGGUUUUUUGACUCUGGCCGGAUGCGCCCCCGAGCGGUGUGCGCCAAAGAGAUGUGGCUGUCAAUGGGAGGAUGGGGCAAUCCUCCCCAUGCAGCGGCCGGAGGCUCCACGGCCGGGUGCUUGCAGCGAGGAGCCGAUCAAUUUCCAAGCGCAGCCGCCCACCGCGGGACACGCUGCCGCAGCCUCUGCUCGGUGGCCGAAGAGGAUGGCUCCCUGA